AUGCAUCCACUCAAGGACUCUAAAUACACUGUCAGCUACAUCUUAGACACAACAGUCAUUGACUCGGAUACUCAUCAUACUCAUUCGUUAGGUGUGAACUCACUUGAAUAUGACCACAAUAGAGAGAUUUUGUUUUCGGGUGGGAGAGAUGGCAUGAUUUUGAUGCAUUCUCCCACUGAAGAGUCGAAAUCAAAUCCAGAUUAUGACGACUUUGAUCGAUUGAACCUCACCGCAUCUGAAGUCAAAAGCUUUAUUAAAAAUAAUCUCACCAACGAACCAGUGAUCUUGUCUCUUGAGGAAAGUAUUCGUCGAGGGAUGGACUAUAUUAGACCCCAAAAAACCUGCUACAGAAUGAUAACGUCACUUCAAUUGCACUUAGAUUGGAUUACCGAUAUGUGUGUCCUUCCGCAGACCUCUUUAGUUGCAUCAUGUUCGCAUGAUUCAGCAGUAAAACUUUGGAAUUAUGAGACAAAUGUCGUUUCAACUCUGGGGUUUCAUAAUGACUAUGUCAAGUCGAUGGACUUCAAUCAAAAUGAACUUGUUUCGGGUGGUCUCGAUAGAUCUAUUAGACUUUGGGACAUAGUAAAACAAGAAGAAUCAGCAUUUUUCACAAGCACAGAAGAGAACAGAUCUGUGUACACACUUGGCUGUCACGGAAAUAUGAUAGUUUCUGGAGGCCCUUCGCAAAUUAUUUACUUAUUUGACAAACGGUGUAUAAAAAAACCAGUGAGAUCAUUUAUUGGUCAUACAGAUGCGGUUCGCAGUCUAUGCCUAAAAGACCGAGGAAUACUUUCAGGGUCGUCGGACGCAACGAUAAAGCUAUGGGACCUAAGGACGAACAGGAUAAUGAGGAACUUAGACAUACAUGAAUCGUCUGUUUGGUCGCUUUACGUACCGGAGGAGCAAUCAGAUUUUGACAUUUUCUAUUCAGGUGACAAGAACGGCCUUCUUAUGAAGACGGAUCUCCGAUCAUCUAACUUGUCGGACUUCGAUAUUUUCAACGAGGAUUACUUGAACUCUAGAAUGAAUCAAAAUCUUGGCAUUGCUACCGCAGUCGCAGAUUUGAAUUUCCACUCAGGACUGAACUUGAAAGAGAAUGGACAUUCUGAUAAAGCUGGAAUUCUUAGUAUUACAGGCUCCAGCGAUUCUAUUUGGGCUUCCAGUGCAAGCAAUAAUUUGGGAUACAUCACUGAUUGGACGAUUCCCAAGACAGACAAAUUGCUGCUCUACCAAGGUAUCAAGCUCAACAGGAAUUUGUCAAUGCUGAAUAUUACGAGUCGAAACUCAUUCGAAACCAGCCGUGGUGAAAAUGUUGACAUAGCUAGUCAACUAUCAAGUGAGAACUUGGAUUACAUUGAUGAUGCUUUGAUAUCACAAAUGAAAUUGCACAAACCUAUUUUUGAGGUUGGGGGCUCCUUAUCUGCUACUACGAGCGGCUUGAGAAAUCUUACUAUGAAAGAUUCGGAAAGCGAAUCAGAAGUAGACGACAGACGGCAGUCAUAUUUAGUCAAUCUGAAUGGAGGCCCAAGCUUUGAGUUUAUAAUCAAUGACGAUUACGAGGAUUCAAUACAGAAUACAAUACGGAACAAGUUCGGCAAAAAACCUCUGGAUAUUGUGUUUCAAAAGCUACCAGAUGGUUACGUUUCUGUUGUCCCUUACAAUUCUAGGCCAAUUGAGGUGUUGAGGGGAAAGCAUGGAAUAAUCAAAUGCAGAAUGCUAAAUAAUCGUCGACAUGUGGCCGCUUUGGAUGAUGGUGGAAAAAUGUACAUUUUUGAUGUCAUAGAUUGCUCACUUAAAAGAGAGAUACAUCUAUCUGAUCAUGGAAACAAAUCAGCUGAAACAGACAUUGAUACACAAUUUGAUGAGCUAAUUCAGAGUAUCCAGACUAUGGAAUCUCUUCCGAUGUGGUGUAGCGCUCAUGCGAAAGCGGGAAAAUUGGUAAUCACUAUGGACGAAUUCAACUUUGCUAGCUGCGAUAUUUACCUAGACGAAUUUGAGAUGGAGUAUAAGGAUUUCAAAUUCGAUUACGACGAAAACAUUGACCCAGAAUCGACAAAACUAAAUGUUGGAAAGCUGGUAUUGAAAUCCCUAUUUCUGGGUUUUGCUGAUUAUGAAAAAGAUUCUCUCAAGACGAGAGAUGCGAUGUUACCUUGCAAUCAUACCACCGUUCAACGCACUGCCACGAACUCAUCGAAUGUAUUAUCGAAAGUAAUCAACAAAGAGAACCUCGUCUCCCUGGCCAGUGUCAACGACUCCAUUGGAGAAAAAUCAUCUGAUGUGGAGAAGGAAAAGUCGAAACGAAAAUUCUUCAGCAAGUACAAAGCAGCCGCUUCUAGCACGACUUCCCCCUCAAACAACGAGGCUUCUUCUGCUGAACAUGUCAAAAGGUUGACGGAGGCAGAAAUAUUAGCUAAUAUGAGCAGCUAUAGUGAAUUACAAAACUAUGUUGCUUCAGGUCAACUCAAGCUCAAAAACGUUGUGGAUCAUAACCCGGAAGUUACCCAAUCCAAUGAUGUUCUUAUAGUUAUAAGUGAGAAGGGCAAGACGGAAACAAAAGCUUUGUUUAGUUCUCGAAAAUCAGAGAUCGAAAAUAACUACACAACACUCGAGAAGAUGAUGCCUUUAUGGGCUCUCAAGUACUUGUUAUUUGGUUACGCCACUGUCAAAGAAACUCCGAAAAUUGUAUUCCUAAUUGUUCCCCAUCCGUCGAUUAGUACUGAAAGUAUGGGAGGCUUUGAUUCACACCGCUUAAAUGCUUAUCAACAGUUACGAAUAGCAAGAGUAUGUGAAUUUGUCAGAGAAAAGCUACCGGAAUCAUUGCAGGAGAAAAAUAUUCAACUAUGGUGUAAAGGCCAAAAGCUAGACCCUCAUAUGACUCUACUAACUGUCAAAACUCGAAUUUGGAGAACAAGUGCAGACACUGAAUUAGUUUUCAGCUUUGAAGAAUGA